AGAUGAAACUUCAUUCUUUUACUAUAUUGACUUUACAAUCAGUUUGCCUAAGGAUAUAAUUGGUACACUCUGGAAUCACAAUUAUUGAAUAUUGAAUAAUAUUUCAUUCUCAAUUGGUUUAUUCCCAUAGCACUUCCUGCUUUAUCUUUUAGUACAGGGACUUGUGGAAGCAUCUCUCACAAGAAUGCUAUUAGAGUCCAUUACUAUCCCAACUCAUGGAGAAUAUUUGAAGAAUCUAUGCUUAUCUUGCAAACCAACGUUUUUGAAGAAGUACAAAGUUUCCUUUGUAUUGUAAUAAACUUGUCAUUGCAAACGUGCCAAAGCCCUAGUAAUUACAAGCCGUGUCUGUUUCCAAAUGUCUGAUGCUGCUAUGGCAAUUGUGAAACCAGAGGAGCACAAAACUUUUGACGAACAGUUUAUUAGGAUGGAUACAAAGAAGUUAUGUGAGUUGACAUCUGCUGCUGACAGCCUCCAACUGAAGCCUUUGGUUGAUCUGACAAGCCGAGCCCUUGCUCGGAUUAUUGAAGGAAAAACCCCUGAGGAGAUUCGUGAAACAUUUCAUUUGCCUGAUGACCUCACUGAGGAGGAGAAGCUGGAGCCUCUCAGAAACAUAGCCGAUGAUCCACGAAUUCGACUUCUAAACAGAUUAUAUGCUAGAAAGAGGAAAGAACUAAAAGAGAGGAAGAAACUGAAGGAUGUUGAGGCUGAGGAACCAAAAGAUGAGCGCUCAGUUGAAGAUCUUCUAACAUUUAUAAAUGGUGCAGAUAGAGAUGUAAAGGGAACUAGAGCAAAUAAAAAUAAAAAGAAGAAUAGGAGAAGGAAAGACCAUGCAAAGGAUCUUUCUUCAAAAAAUGCAAAUGAAAAUGAUAAUAAGGAGUUGAAUCCACUUCCUUCUGCAUAUCACAAUGGCAAUUUUGACAAUUCCUUAGAAUGCUCUGCAAAUAAACACUCAAGGAUGCAAGAUCUUUCAGCUGUUAAUUUUUCUCCAAUGUUUGAGUUUAUUGAUGGUGAUCUUGAUGAUGAUUUAGAUCCUGCAAUGAAGGAGGAGCUUGACAGGGAAGUGGAAGAUUUUGCACGAAGAUUAAAUUCAGUUUGGCCUGAAAGAAUGCAAAUUUUAUCUUCGACCCAAGACAGAAGACUAGUACCAAUUUCUAUGAAUAGCAAUGGUUCAAUGCCCUUGUAUACAAGUAUGUUGUUCUUUCUAUCUUGUCAUUAUAUUCUUUUAGAACCCUGCUUUCUUCCUUGUUUUUCUAUCAGGGCUACACAAGCAGUGAUAUGUUUUUGUUGCAUAUGUUAAUUAUUUUCAAGUACUUGUGUUGUUUCAUAGGGCUUGAUCAUUGUGUGAUUUCCCCCCGUUUCUUUUACUGUUUUAUGUGUGUAUAUCACAUACAAGUUUUGAAUUUCAACAAAAUGAUUUUAAUUAGUUACUGAUUAUUUAGAAGGGCUAGGUUGGUGGUCAGGAGUUGCAACAAAGGUUUUAAUCAUAUAUGAUCUCAAGUCUCUUGUCAUUGAGCAUGUAAUUUGUGGUACAUAUAGGUUUUGACCAGAGAUAGAGAAGCACCUGGCAGAUAAUUCAAUUUCCUAGGUGAGUGGAAGUUGAAGUGAUCUGAAAAGUUGGCAGCUUAGGGUUUGCUGUCAUCUGAAUCUUGGAAGCACAAGUCUCUGUGUCAACGCGAAGUGAGUACUAUUCUUUUGUCCCUUUUAACUUGUAACCAAGAAGCAGUUUUGUUUUUUAACUUUGAACAUUUUGAAUUCUGCAAGCAAGGGGUGAGGGGCAUAUAAAGAUAAGAGAAAGAGAGAAGAAGAGAGUGAAAAACACUCUUGGAAAGCAAUUUUUGAGUACAGUUUGCUCAUCUACCUUGACCUUGUUUUCUUGUAUUUAUUCAACUCUCAAUAAUUGUGGUGAGGUCUUUGAAUUUUUUGAAAUUAAUUUCAUUGUCAUUUUUAUUUUGUUUAACUUUUUUUUUUUCAGUUGUAAGUUAGAAGUUGUAUUAUAUCCUUCAUAUACUAUUUGGCAUUAUUAACUUAUUAAACUCUCCAAACCCUCACGGGAAAUGUGAUUAUAGUUUAGCUGUAUUGUACCUUAAGGGUUUAUUUUAGUUGAUUACUAGAUAGAAGAUUGAAUACCAUUUUAUACAUUUAGGUUAUGUUUUGAGAGUUGGGUUUUGAAGGGAAACGGAUGGGAGGACGAAUAUUUUAUGUUCAAAAUUAAAGAAUUAUAUAAUUUUUAUAAAAAUAAAUAAAAGAUUAACAUAUUAAGUUUAUACUAAUAUAUCAUUUUAUGACUUAUUUCAAAAAAAUAUGAAAUUAGAGAAUGCUACUUAGAAAUAAAAAAUCUGUCCUUGCCUUCCUCUUCAAAACUGAACACUCUAAAAGUCUUGUUACUUUUUUGGUGGUUGAUUUACUUCAUUACUAGUAUUUCCUCCCUUGUGCCGUACUAUGGUGGCCAAGGAAAGUACAAUUUUUAUAUUGCUGAAAGGGUCCUUCAUCAAAAGAAAUUUAUUAGAUGAACAAAUUGAUGUUUAACUUUGUCUCGAAAUCAUGUUAAAUUUUGUACGGCUGCAUGAUUUUUCAAGGAUAUGUGAACGACCAAACUCUAGAAAGAGGCUUAGAUAAGGGCCUAGUUUGGAUUAUCUUUUACCUUAUGAGAAGUUUGGUUUAUUUUACCCCUCUGAUUUAUUUUAUUUCUUCUCACACAAAUGCUUGUUAAGAAAUUUAUUGGAACCGGCUCGAACAUUUGAAGGAAAUUGCCCUGUAAAAAGUUGAAUUAUUUUCCUUUUCCCUCUGCCAUCUUCUAUAAUUGCUUUUGAGAGAAUGAGCAGAGUUUAUGGGAAAUCUGGUCAACGUGACUGACUUCCUCAUCUAGUAGGAGUAAUUGACGUUUGUAAAAACUAUCUCAUUAGACCAUUGGUCAAGUUCGUGCAUCUGGUUCACUUUAACUGUUUUUCUCCGUAGCCACUAUUAUUUGUCGCGUCUCACAGCAGGUGUAUAUGUGAUGGAGAGCUCAUUUAUUUGCGACCCAUUAGAAAUUAAUAUUGUAAUCAAUGGUCGAAGGAUGCAAGAAACUUCUGAUAUAAGCGGUAUUAUUACAGGUAUAGAAAUCAUUUGGGAAUUAGAAAUCACUCUCAAAUAUUUAUUGUGCAGUCGUAUGAUUUUUCCAUUGUCAGGUGAACUGGAUGAACAACUCCACCGUCCGAAAUCACAACCUGGGGUAUAAUAAAUACCUGGCAAUAAAGAUUUCUUGUCAGCAGCUUGGUUUGCAAAAUUUGAAUAUAGGCACUGACAAAUUUAGGUAGGAGUUGGACAGUUCGCGCAUUAUGUCCACUAGUAUGAGCCACCAUUGCCGUGACGAUUUUUGACAAGUAAAUUAUUUUUAUUGGCAUGUUUUCAUUUAUUGAUAAUAUGGAAUAUGAAUUUUUAAGUCUGUUGUGUAUUUCUUUGGUAUUCCUGUAUGACGAGUUAAUUUAAAACUUUUUUUC